UGAGUCUGGCACCCUGGCCAUGUGCAGCCCUGAGGAGGCAGCCCUGCUGCAGCUGGAGGAGGUCUUCUCAGCCACACUCGCACGCAUCAACAGCUUUGUCCUCCAGCCCCUUCUGGAGGCCGCUCCAGAGCCCUCAGAUCCCUGGGGCAGAGAGUGCCUAAAGCUCCUGCAGCAGCUGCACAGGAGCUCCCAGCAGCUGUGGGAGGUGACGGAGGAAAGCCUGCACUCACUGCAGGAGAGGCUGCGCCACCCGGACUCCAUCCGUCUGGAAUCCCUGCUGCUGCUGCACAGCGCUGACCGUGUCCUGCAAGUCCACCUGGAGUACAUCGAGUCCUACACAAGCUGCGUGGCAAUGCAGGCCUUUCAGAAGGCAGUGAAGAGGAGAAGCGAGCACUGGCGGGACCAGCGGAAGGCGCUGCAGCAGUUCCUGUCGGGCAUGAGCUCAGAGGGCUCGGUGGGCACAGCACUGGUCCAGGCUCUCCGCCAGCCACUCACCCAUCAUGUGCAGCAGUGCGUGCUCCUCCUGCUGAGCCUCAGGGACACUGUCGGGGAGCGUCACCCCACCCGGGAGCUGUUGGUGCACGCAGCCACCAUCUUUGGGAACUUGCAGUCCUUCAUGAGGCAGGAGCUGGACCAGGCCAUGGCCACGCAGGCCCUCUGGCACACUCUGAGCAGCCGGCUGUGGGAUGUGCUCUGUACCCCCGCUCACCGACUCUUGCAAGACAGCCAGGACAUACCUGUGACGGUCACCCCGCUGAGGGCAGAGCGUGUGCUGCUCUUUGAUGAUGCCCUUGUCCUGCUACAGGGCCACAGUGUCCACACCUUUGAUCUGAAGCUGGUGUGGGUGGAACCUGGGCAGGACGGGUGCAUGUUUCACCUCCUCACGCCUGAGGAAGAGUUCUCCUUGUGCUCCAAGGACCCGCAGGGCCGGGUGGCCUGGCAGUGGAAGGUCACCCAGGCUGUGUGCCAGACCUUGCGUGGGAAGAAGGACUUCCCGGUGCUGGGGGCGGGCCUGGAGCCUUCUGAACCCCCCACCUGCCGCUGUGGAGCAUACACCUUCCGCGCGGAGGGCCGCUUCAGCCAGGCCGCCUAUGAGGGCGAGUGGUACGGGGGCAGGCCCCAUGGCAAGGGAACCCUCAAGUGGCCAGACGGGCGGAAUCAUGUGGGGGACUUCUGCCAGGGCCUGGAGCACGGCUUUGGCAUCCGCCUGGUGCCCCAGGCCUCCGAGGAUAAGUUUGACUGUUACAAGUGCCACUGGCGGGAAGGCAGCAUGUGCGGCUAUGGCAUCUGUGAGUACAGCACCAGCGAGGUGUACAAGGGCUACUUUCAGGAAGGCCUGCGGCAUGGAUUUGGGAUCCUUGAGAGCACCCCGCAGACCCCUCAGCCCUGCAGGUACACGGGCCACUGGGAGAGGGGCCAGAGGAGUGGCUAUGGCAUCCAGGACGACGGCGACAGGGGUGAGCGCUAUAUUGGCAUGUGGCAGGCUGACCAGCGCCAUGGCCCAGGGGUCGUGGUCACCCAGGCGGGUGUCUGCUAUCAGGGGACCUUCCAGGCAGACAAGAUGGUGGGCCCAGGGAUCCUUCUCUUUGAAGAUGACUCCUUGUAUGAGGGCACCUUCACCAGGGACCUGACCCUCGUGGGGAAGGGCAAGGUCACCUUCCCUAAUGGCUUCACCCUGGAGGGCUCUUUUGGCAGUGGGGCAGGGAGAGGACUGCAUACCCAGGGUGUGCUGGACACAGCUGCCCUCCCUCCAGAUCCAGGCAGUACCCGCAAGAGGCAGCUGGGCCUGGGCGUCUUCCCCGUGGAGAGCCGCUGGCAGGGCGUCUAUGGCCCUUUCCAGGACUUUGUUCAAGCCGGCUGCCCUGGAGACCUGCAGGAGGCCCUGCUGGGCUUCCACGUGCAGAGCUCAAGGGAGCUGCGCAAGUCCCAGGAGUACCUGUGCUGCGAGAGGACCCACCCCGAGGACCACGCAGGCAGAAUGGAGGACAUCCUGGAGGAGCUGCUGCAGCACCGGGCGCCCGAGGCCCUGCAGCAGUGCCUCAGGAAGGCCCUGAACAACUCUCUGCAUCCCCUGGGAAAGCUGCUCCGGACUCUGAUGCUGACCUUCCAGGCCACAUACUCAGGCAUUGGGGCCAACAAGCACCUGCAGGGGCUGGCGCAGGAGGAGGUGAAGCAGCAUGCCCAGGAACUCUGGGCCGCCUACAGGGGUCUGCUGCAGGUUGCCUUACAGUGCAAGGGCCAGGCCCCAGAGGAAGAUGAAGAUGCAGAGACAAGGGACCUGCAGGUGCACAGAUUGAUGCUACCCCUUGUCCUGCCCAGCUUCUACUCGGAGCUCUUCACUCUCUACCUGCUUCUUCAUGAGAGGGAGGACAGCCUCUACAGCCAGGGCAUUGCCAACCUUAGCCUCUUCCCCGACACCAAGCUGCUUGAGUUCCUGGACGUACAGAAGCACCUGUGGCCCCUCAAGGACCUCACGCUGACGACCAAUCAGAGAUACUCCCUAGUCAGAGACAAGUGCUUCCUGUCAGCCACGGAAUGUCUGCAGAAGAUGAUCACCACGAUGGACCCCCGGGAGAAGCUGGAGGUGCUGGAGAGGACAUAUGGGGAAAUUGAGGCCACUGUGUCACGGAUGCUCGGCCAGGAGCACAAGCUGCCCAUGGACGACCUGCUGCCGCUGCUCAUCUACGUGGUGUCACGUGCCCAAAUCCUGCACCUGGGAGCCGAGAUCCACCUGAUCCGUGAUAUGAUGGCCCCUAUCCACACAGGAGGCCUGUAUGACUUCUUGCUCACGGCCCUGGAGUCCUGUUACGAGCACAUCCAGAAGGAGGACAUGAGGCUGCAUCGCUUGCCCAGCCGCUAGAACUCCAGGGAGCCGUGGUAG